AGCAAGCUGGCGCCAUCCAUCCCAUCCCGCAUCGUCUUGCAUGAGGGGUUCCUGCGGGGCAAGGGACCAAGCUGACACGGCACUUUUCGACCGUCAGCAACGACAUCUUGGCUCGUGUCGCGAUAGGUUGUGCAUCGAGAGCUUCCUCCACCACUGCUUAAGGUAACAAGAUCGAGUCAGUCGCCAGAGCGGUAGCGGCCCGCUGGAAAAUAGCGAUGAGGCGCAUGCUCCAGGCAACAGGGGCGUUGCUGAACGCUGCUGAUUCGGCUACGAAGUCGUUCAGCGAGCUCGAGGUGGUCCAGAAGUCGAAGAGCGCAUACCAGGAAUGGGCUAGCGUCGAGCCCUUCCCAUACGAGCCGUUGGCCACUCCCACUACUAUACGUCUCCUCAAGCUCGAGCCUUCCAGGGAGAUGCAGAAGGCCCAGAAGGCUGGGAAGACCCUUAGUGGUGAUGCUCACGAUGACGACGACGACGUGCACUUCACCAUGGCGCAAGCGGAGCUCGAUCGCAACCCGCAGUUCACUGCCCUGUCAUACACGUGGCGCCAGCAGCGCUCGAGCUUAGGUACAUGGACCCGAUGGGGCUACGAGUCGCUGGCGGAGCUCUUGAAAGAGAAGCCAGUCCACUACGAACUCCCAGACGCGGACGAGGAGGAGCUCAGAGCCAGCCGGAAAGUGACUUGUAACGGACGCACAAUGAAGGUGUUUGAGAACCUGUACGAGGCGCUCAAGCAGUUGCGCAGAAACAGGCCUGGCGAGUGGUUCUGGAUCGACGCGGUCUGUAUGAAUCAGAGCGACUCGACCGAGCUCGUUGCCCAGAUUCAGAUCAUGGGUCGCAUUUACCAAUCCGCACAGCUCGUCGUCGUGUGGUUGGGGCCUUUCACCGGCCUGGCCGAAAGGGGGCUCAAGACGUUCGAGGAACUGGCCCAGUCAGGCGAACCGCUGCCUGAGAACCCGAUGUACAACACCGCAAUCGGCGCAACUGCAGCAGAAGAUUGGAAGAUGAACUCAGCGGCGAUGGCAGCCUACCAUCUGACACAGCGCUCGUAUUUCAAGCGCGUCUGGGUGGUCCAGGAACUCUGCCUCGCCCGCGAAGUCACGUACCUGCACGGGAAGCACGAGAUCAGCCUCUCGACACUUCUGGCGGCGUGCGCGUGGUGUAUCGACAGUGGCUCUGCGCGCGAGGAUGCCGAUUACGUGCAGUUGAUCCUGGCGCCCUACUACGUGUCACACAUACAGUUCCUCCCGACGACGUUGAAUGCACGGAACGAGUUUGCCAAGGGAAACAAGUGGACGCUGCUCGAGUGGCUCCAGGCUUGCAAUGGCAGAUUGGCGUCCGUCGCCAAGGAUUAUGUCUUUGGUGGGCUCUCGCUCGUCCGCGUAGAUCAACUGACGAUUGACCAAGAGCUCCAGCCUGUGACUUACAAGACGGGCAGCGCUCUAGCAGCGACCACCGCCCAGCCACCACCGGGCGCACCUCCAACGUUGGUACAGCCAAAGAAGCAGAGCCUGACACCCAAGGGCCUCUGGGUAAAACUGCACCCCAACUAUGAAGCUUCGGAUGCCGAGGUCUUUGUCAACGCAUCAGCUUGUCUGAUGACGCAUGCCGGUGUCGAAGAGCUGCUCAGGAUCUCUUCCCGGCUACGCGACAAGCAUCGUUUUAGGGACCGCGUGCGACUCCAGCCCCACGAGCUCAAGGCGUUCUCGGGCCUGCCUUCUUGGGUGCCAGCGAUAGGGUCGUGGACGUCUCGUCUCACUGUGAACCUGGUCCCUCCAGGAGCCGACAACCCAUUCUCAGCGUGCCCCCGGGCAGCCACUGUCGACCCUCACAGUGGCUCCGCGUCCUCCCCUUCUCCUCCAAGCCGGCCUGCGAUAUCCGCCGACGGCGCGACUCUGGCCCUCCCUGCCGCAGUGUUCGACGAGGUGGCCUCGCUCGAAUAUGAAAAGGACCGACCGCUGCAGUAUACCGAGCUCCGGAAGCUGAUGCGCUUCCUGGCCACCUCGCCGAGCGUCUACGACAAUCACGCGGGCGGCGACGAUAAAAAUGCCGGCCCGUGUCUCCUAGAGGCAGUUGCAUGCGCCAUGGCGGCCGGGCAUGUCGCCGGGCAGCCAGUGACACCGGCCCAGGCCGGCGUGUGGCUGUGCGAGUCGAUCGAGUCCAAGGUCGGAGAGCUCGUUGCGGAGACGCAGCGCGGCAUCACCGACGACCAGCAUAUCCAGAAGGGGCUCGUGACCAAGGCUCAGAAGAAGGGCCAUGGCAUCGACUAUCUCAAGACGGCAGAGGACGAUACCGCUGCAAGGAAGUGGCGAGUCUGCACACAGAGUAUCGAGCAAGGGCUCGAGCUGGUGAAGGGGGCGGCGGCGGAGCUCACGGCGCUCAGGGCCAAAUACUCACACCUCAGAUGGCCGGAGAAGCCGAUUGGCGUGAUAGCCAGGGAGCACGACCUGGAGCGCGCCAGGUUGGAGAGGAGGAACUCCAAGGAGAAGGAACUUGAGGAGCUGCUGGAGAAGAGAUCCAUUGAUACCAAGUCGAGCAGUAGCAUCCGGGCGGCGCUAGACCGGGCCAAGCUGCGCGCAACCGAGGCCAUGAACGACGUGUACGACCGCCUCAACAUGUGGGAGAUGGACUGCAAAGGCAGUUUUCGCCGGCUCGUCUCGGACGAGUGCCGUACUUUCGAGGAGGCGUAUAUCGACGCUCUAUCAUGGCGUAGGAUUUGCCUCACGCGCCAGGGCUAUGUGCUGCUGGCGCCCCUCUGGGCCGAUGAGGGCGAUAGCAUAAUGUUAUUGCCGGGUGUCUCUGUGCCGUUCAUUUUUACGCGAGAGGCGGCAGACUUGCAGAGGGAAGAGGCGAGGAUCAAAGAGCGGCUCACGCACGUGGGAUCCGGGGAUGGUGAGGACCUCCUGUGGACAGCAGCCAAGGUAGAGCUGGACGCCAGGCUGAUCGAAGUGCAAGAUCGCCUGCGAAGCGGCGCGGAGCAGCAAGGCGGUCCGUGGGUGCUCAUCGGAGAAGCUUACAUCCAGGGCAUAAUGCAAGGAGAGGCAGCUGCGGGCCUGGAUUAUGGCAGCAUUGAUAUUGUGUGAGACCUGGAGGCAGGCAGCUCCCAAGGACCAACAGUCUUGUUUUCUCCGUACCUAGAACGUGAGAGAGAUCCUCAGCUUAGAACUCGAAGAAGUUUGUAGAGCCUGCCGACAGGGAUUUUACAUCGGAUGUCAUGCAUCUCAGACGAGCUGAACAAGGCGUGAUUCCUAAGACCCGGGCUGCUUCAGAGCUCCGAGAAUUUAUCCUCUG